CUGUCACUAGGGAGGCGCCAUAAUACGCUUGUGAAACUGGACGCACACAGUUUGUGCAGAACGCGCUGAGAAAAAAUUGUUCCUAGAAGCAGUAAACUUGUAUCAACAUGUCCGGCAUCGCAGCAUCGCGACUUGGUGAAGAACGUAAAGCGUGGCGCAAAGAUCAUCCUUAUGGAUUUGUGGCUCGUCCAGUUAAGAACAUCGAUGGAUCACUGAACCUGAUGACAUGGGAGUGUGCCAUUCCCGGAAAGAAAGGAACAGCCUGGGAAGGUGGACUGUACAGAUUGAAGAUGAUUUUUAAAGAUGACUACCCGACCAGCCCGCCGAAGUGCAAGUUCGAGCCACCGUUGUUCCACCCGAACGUGUAUCCAUCCGGUACGGUCUGUUUGUCACUGUUGGAUGAGGAGAAAGAUUGGCGUCCCGCGAUAACUAUAAAACAAAUUUUGCUGGGUAUACAAGAUCUGCUAAACGAACCCAACAUUAAAGACCCGGCACAGGCAGAAGCAUACACAAUAUAUUGUCAAAACCGACUCGAGUAUGAGAAACGCGUACGUGCUCAGGCCAGAGCUAUGUCGGCCACGGAUUGAAUAGGAUGGAAAUAAAUUUAUUUAAUCACAAACUUA